AAAAAACUCCACGAUCCGUCCAUUCUAAGUGUGCGUGUUGCUGUGAGAGGCUGUCUGGUGAAACAUGGCAAAGUUUGGAGGUGCAGUUUAUUUAAAAUGUUUAAUAAUUUGUGCAACGACAUCAACGUUUGUGGACAGCCUCACACUACCUAAUCAAGUGACACCGAAACCGAGACACACCAAAUUCAGUUCUUCGACUCCGACCACCGACGCAGGAAGCGGAUCAUUAGCCACACCGACUUCCAGCACCGCAUCCAAGGAUAGUGGUGUCGCUUUCUACAGGUACAUCAACAGCAACAGCCAGUCAACAUGUAUACUUAUGAAGACUGAUGCCGUGGUUGAAGUAAAUUUCAAAUUGCACAACCUGGAAGAACAAGCGGACUCCUUCAUCCCGGAAAAAGUGCUGGUCGACGGCAACUGCAAAUACGACGAUGCACAACUCCUCCGAAUCAUAUGGACCGGCUAUAAUUUGGACAUCAACUUCGCAAAAACACCCGGCGGCGAACGGUGGUACAUCAGUAACAUAGAACUGACCGUAAGUCCGGACUUGCCGAAAUUCCACGGCAUUCAAACACGAGGCAAACCGAUAAAACUGUACCACCGUCAAAUGCUGAUCCCGACGCCGAUAGGCCGUUCGUACAACUGCGACGAGGUGGACGUCGAACUGACGUCGGACGAGAGCGACCACCCGCCGCCGGGCCUCCGUGGCACCCUGUUGCUGCGCCUCCUCCAGGUCCAGCCUUUCAUGUACAAGAGCGAGAACUUCGAGCCGGCCUUCGAAUGCAAGAGCCAGAAACAGUUCACGGACGAAACUGCACCGAUCGCUGUGGGAUCCACGUUGGCCAUCGCCGUUUUGAUCACGGUCACCGGCUACGGCAUCUUCCGCUACUUUAAGAUCAAGAACGUGCAGUACAACACCAUGGAAUAAGAGUGAUACUAUUGUUAGAAAAUUCUGGAUUGCAGUUAGCAUUACCAUGUUGUUUAAUGUUAUAAUAAUCGAUUGUUACAUAUACAUUGCAUAUCAAGUGAACAAGUAUCAAUAAACAGGAGCAUAUCAUGUCAACUUCUUUUACUCCUCGCACAUAUCAAACGAGGGUAAUGCUAAUAAAAUCUGAUCUUUUAUUGAAUAGAUUAUUAACGCAUCAUUGUUGUACGAUUAUUUUGUUUUAUGGGCCUAUAAUUUAGUAAACAAUGAAAGCAAACAUCGUCACUUACCUACAAAAUGGGCUUUCAGAGAGUUAAAAACUGUUGUUGUAUAACAACGACUCCAGUUAAUUUUUUUCCAUUAGACAUAUUGUUCGAAUCUAGUUCAGAUAAUGAAAGUUUAUUCCAAACAGCAUAUGCUGUGGGGUUAUGUGAUUUUGUAACAUUCUGAAUAUAGAUGACCAAAAGAAUAGUAUUAUGUAGUAUCACAAAUUUUAGUAAUAUCAAAUUAAAAUUUUCAUAUACAAUAAACAAAAUUUAAAUCAAUUGGUAUUAGGCUUUUACUAACGUAUUUAUCAUUAAAUUUGUUAUAAGCUUCAAUAUUGUUGAUGGAUUGAUACAUUUUAUUGAAUUAAGUUUCAUUUGAAAAUAUUGUUUGAAAACAGAUAUAGUAUAAAACGUGUUAUCACUAACAUAAACAUAUUUAGUGUUCCUUAUGUUGAACAUGAUGACAAAAAUUGCAACAGUCUAGUAUGUUCUACCUUAAAAACAAAUUAAACAAAAUGAUUAUAAUUUCAAUAGCAUAUUUUUGGUUACAAUCAGUAUUAUCAUGUUUAUAAUGAUUUGUUUUACAAUUAUUAAAGUUAUAUUUAAGAAUUGUAGUUAAAUUUAGUGAUAAAGAGAUAAUAGGAAUUUUAAAAUCAAAACGAUAUUUUUUAUGACAAGUGUAAACAAACAGCACCUGAAAAACUCACUCUAAUUGUAAUUAAAGCACGUACACUAUGCAAAUAAAUUGAAAAAUGGCUUUUCAUGAACUUGCAUAUAAUGAAAUAUUAUAUUAAUAUUUAUUAUUGUAUAGAAAUAGUGUUAACAGUUUUGAAUGAUAUAGUACAUAUCUACGAGUAUAUUCAAUUUUUUGUAUUACGAUUUGUGAAAUUAACGUCUUUCAAUUACAUGUUUAUUUGUAUAUUAACAAUUAGAAAAAAAUACAUUUAAUAUAGGAAAAUAUUAAUAUUGGUUAACAUAUCUGAUGAAAAUGUUUUUGGAACUUUUAAGUAUUCUUUCAUAUCCAGCAAUAAGUUGCAUAUCAAAAUUAAUAUAAACGGUUAUUUAUAAUUUAUUUAAUACUAAAAAAUGUCAAUAUGCAUGUCAAUCUUUGUCAGUAAUUAAGGCAAGAUAAAAUUACACAUUCAUAUUCCUCCGAAUGAUGUGAAAUUUUUAUUAGGACUUAGUAAAUGUGCUGUUUUAUAUUUACACAGUUAUUUGUAAAUCAGAAACUUUAUAAUGACAUGUUGCUUGUUAAAGGGGCAAAUCAGUUCCCUUAAAUUUUGAAACAAUUUUUAUGACACUGUGACUUUGUUUUAUUGUAGUAAUUUUAUACUAUUGUGAUUAAAGGUUUUAUUGUGAGUCAAUUUGAGGUGUUAAUUAAUUUUAAUAUGAGAUAUAUAUAUAGUUUCGUAUUAGUUUUUUCAUGUGUAAAUAUAAAUUAUUAAAACUAUGUAAGGGAUUAAACCGAAUAAAUGAAAAUAUUUAACGUGUUUGUAAUUUUUUCUGAAAAUAAACAAUUUUGAGAAUCUUAAAAUCUAUAAAUUGAAUGUAUUUAAUAAACGGAUACAAAUAGCAGUUAAAUAUUUUCAUUUAGAAUUUUAAAUAUAAUGCCAUGGCCUGUCUUCCAUUAAAUAAAGAAAAUUAUAAUAAAACUACGUGUAGCUAUGUGUCAUAUAAUAUCUUAUAUCAUUAAAAAUUAUACAUACGUAUUUAGAAAUACAUUUAAUUGAAAUAUA